AUGUGCGAGGCGCAAAGUUUCUGGGAGCGGCACGAGUUGAAGUUCUACAGAUAUGGGCACAUCUAUGCGAACAUCUACGGACAGGUGAUCAUAGACUACGUGCCGCAGCGACCGAUGCGGGCACCGCUAAAGUCGCUGCUCAUCGCUUAUAGCCACGUGCUUAGCCUCCUGCUGAUUGUCGUCCUGCCCGGCUACUUCGGCUACAAUUACCGCGAACUGACGGCCACAGAUGACCGCCGCAUGCAGCUGGUGCUGUACGUGGGCUUUGCCAACACGCUCAUCAAGUACGCCACGGUAAUUGUCACCUACAUGGCGAACACGUUCCACUUCGAGGCCAUCAAUCAGCACUGCUCGUUGCAGCGCGCCCACCUGCAGGCGGCCUUUGCCGCCAGCUGCCGUGGCCCCAGUCGGCCCAAGCGCAGCUUCGAGCUGUUCAUGUACCUCAAGUUUGGGCUGAUUAACAUCAUGAUGGUUGUCCAGGUGUGCGGCAUACUGGCAGUUGCCGGCAUCGACACAGAUUCCAAUGGCAGCAGUCGGCUGCGCAUACAGUUCGCCAUCUACUCGUUCGUCCUGUGGAACUAUACGGAGAACAUGGCUGACUACUUCUACUAUAUGAACAGCAGUGUCCUGAUGUACUUUCGCCUGCUGCACGUUCAGCUGCGCGCCGAGCUGGGACAAUUGAGGCGAUUGGACCUCUAUGCUCAUCCUCAUCCGCUGCGCCGUGGCAUGCUGAUGCUCUGUUGCAGUCGGCUGUGCGACCGGAUUGGCGUGCUGCGCGAACGUUUCGCCGCCAUACACGCUCUGUACGUGGACAGCUUUCGCAUGCAUCAGCUGCAGCUGCUGGGCCUGAUGCUGACCACGCUGAUCAACAAUCUGACCAACCUGUUUACCAUCUUCAAUCUGUUGGCCACGAGCUCGCGCGCCAUCGCCUCCUUUCCGGUCGUGGUGAGCGGCGUCUAUGCGCUGGGCUUCUAUCUGGACACGUAUCUGGUGUCGCUGGUUAGCGAGUAUAUCAAAGUGGAACGGACGCGUCUGGCCCUCACAAUUCGCCAGUUCAGCGAAUCUCCGGCGCUGCAGCCGCCGAGCCUGAACCAAGAGCUGGAACAGUUCUCGCUGCUGCUGAUGCACUCUCGACAGCCGAUGCUCUGCGGCCUGGUGCAUCUGGAUCGUCGCCUCAUUUAUCUAAUUUCCGUGACAGCCUUCUCCUAUUUCAUUACGCUCGUCCAAUUCGAUAUUUAUCUGCGCAGGGCCAGCUAGGCUAGCUGUCAGCAUAUCAAAUGACACAGCCACCCCCUCCCAC